AUGAAUCCCUCUGAUGUUCCAGAUGAACCUCCGCCUUCAUACGCCGAGAGCCAGAACCAGCACAAGAAGCUCCCUGCACAACCUCCGCCUGCAGCUGCAACUCCGCAGCCAAAAGUAUCAGCAUCAGCAUCACAGGCUCCUCCUCCAACUGCCGGUCCCAGCCAACCACCAGCUGUUCCACGCCAAUUCCCACCGGCGUUCAAUUUAUACUACCAAGGAUGGCCCAAUAAUUCCUAUACACUCGCUGAACAUCAAAACCACCCUCUCUACCUCUACUCCGCACAUUCCGGCCUGAGUGAUCUACCGCCAAUUCUGUUACACUCUGGUCCAGACCCGUCAUAUUCACCUCUGGCUUCUGCUAGCUUCAUGUUCAUGAGCGCCAGUUUCGAAGUCGAAUUGCCUCCAGUGCCAGGCUCGGGAGCUCCAUUGGCACGCGAAGUAGUUGAACCAGUAGGCUCACAUACUGGUCUCGGUACAGGCUAUAGCUUUGCUAUCGAAGUCGGACCAGCUGGCAAUGGACCACGGGAGAGAUUUGAGUGGCGGCGCUCACGUGGAGAUGUCAUAGCAAGCUUGGGUGGUCAUUAUUAUGGCUGGAAGCUUGUGCGUAUGAGCCGUGGUGCUCCUGGAGGAGGAAAUAUGGCAUUUGCGCCAGGCGGCUUUAAAGAUAGCCAAGGAAAUGAAGUUGUUGCAGCUUGGACGAUGGGCGAUGGAAGAAGUUUGACAAAGGUUGCGCAUUUUCGUUUUAUGGGAACGGGCUUGACAGGACUUCUUGGAGAGAGAUGGGCUAUUAUGGUGGUGAUAACAGGGCUGGCCUUAUUCCACAGAGACCGAAGAUGA